AUGGGUCUUGCGGCGCCCAAAAAAAAAUUAAAGCUAUCUCAUGAUCCCAACAAUACAAGGUGGAUCAACAAUACUGAUUCAUUUGGCCACAAAAUUUUGACCUCACAGGGCUGGAAACAAGGAGAAUACCUUGGCGCAAGAAAUGCACCUCACGCUGAAUUUCAUUCGGCUGCAAACUCUUCGCACAUUCGGGUAACAAUCAAAGACGAUAACCUCGGCCUAGGAGCUAAGGUUGGCACUGGCGUUGGGCAUGGAGAGUGUACGGGUCUUGAUGCUUUCAAGAAUUUACUAAGUCGGCUUAAUGGAAAAGAUAAAGAUGAAAUUGAUAAUGAGCAGCGGUCACGGGAUAAUAUCCGGAAAGCAAUCUACAUGGAAAAGAAAUGGGGUUCACUGAGGUUUGUCAGUGCCGGAUUCUUAGUUGGUGAUAAGAUUGAGGACUCGAUCAACACAGAAUCGAAACCGAGUCUUCAACCGUCCGAACGAGAUAAGAAAGAGAGUCUAAGAACAGAAGAAAAUGGAUCUGGUCUAGAUGAGAAUAUGACCCAAAUAGAUCUUUCACGCAAAAGGGAAAAAAAAACGAAAAGAAACAACACCCAAGAUAUCCGAGUCAACGAUCCUAUGACAGAGGUCAAGAAUUCGAGGAAAAAAAGGAAACUACUCGAAGUAAGCAGAGACAGCACAACAAUCGAUACACAACAAGAUAGCCAGAUCCCUCAGAACUUUGAUAUUAAUCUUGAAAACGAUGAGUUAAGUGUUAAAAAAAAGGCCCUUAAAAAGGCUAAGAAAGCUGAGGAAAAAAGCCGAAAAAAGGUUGAGAAAAAAAAUCGUAAAGAAUUAAGAAAUUCAAACAAAUUUAAUCCCGGAAAAAGUAAUUGUACCUAUCCAGAGCUAUCAGUACCCUCUUCAAUGCGUGGAAGACAUGCCAUUAGAUCUAAAAAUAUCGCACAAAAGCGGAUGGCAAGCAUAGAUGUAGCUUCUCUUAACCAGAUCUUUAUGAUUAAACCAUAA